AUGAUUCAAAUAUCCCUGCUCCUGGUUCUUGGUGUCAUUAUACCGGGACUUCUAGCCAUAAGUGCUACGCAGGGUAUUCAUCUGACGACAACACCAAAAUAUUCCGCCGAUCCAAUUGUCGAAAAUGCCUUUCAUCAACUUCGAGGAGGUUCCACUCAAUCAUCCACAAUCGAAGAAAUGGCCCAAGAACUGAUCGAUUCCAAUCGAAAAUUGGUCGUUGUGACGGGCGGCGUCCUGUCGGGUAUCGGAAAGGGUGUCACGGCGUCAUCCAUUGGCGUCUUGUUUCGGGCCAUGGGAUAUCGAGUGACGGCACUCAAAAUUGAUCCAUACCUCAAUGUAGAUGCGGGUACCAUGUCGCCAUUUGAACAUGGAGAAGUAUUUGUGUUGGAUGAUGGUGGAGAGACUGACCUUGAUCUCGGAAAUUACGAACGAUUCCUAAGUGUCUGUUUGACCAAGAAUUCAAAUUUGUCCACGGGCAAGAUUUACCAACAAGUGAUUGAAAAAGAAAGGGUAGGAGACUACUUGGGCAAAACGGUACAAGUGGUUCCCCACGUUAGUGAUGCCAUUCAACAAUGGGUCUUGGAAGUGGCCAAGGCGCCAAUUACACACUUUUCCAAAGCGACAGCUAUGGCAACCGAUACUUCCAGGCAAGACAAUGAUAGUAUGGAGCCGGAAAUUUGCAUUGUAGAGUUGGGAGGAACUUUGGGAGAUAUUGAAUCUAUGCCCUUUGUGGAAGCCUUGCGACAAUUACAAGAACAGGUGGGGUACAAGAACAUGUGCUUUGUUCACGUAUCCUUGGUGCCGGUUUUGGGCAGUCCCAUUUCGGAGCAAAAGACCAAACCUACACAACACUCGGUGAAAAUGAUGAUGCAAUUGGGACUUCGGCCAGAUUUCUUGUGCUGUCGAGGCAAGGAAAUGUUGGGAGAUGACACCCGAAAAAAGUUGGCGCUUUUUACUUCUGUUCCGGAACAAGCCAUCAUUUCGCUUCACGACGUUUCCAACAUUUAUCGGGUUCCACUCAUGAUGGUAGAACAGAAUUUAUGUGGGAUGUUGGCGCAACGACUCCGUUUGCCAAAGUAUCGAAAGCAUGGACUCAAAUACAAUGCGGCACCCGACCUUUGUGAGUUGAGAAAUAGCAAACUCUUUCGAGAAUGGACCCAACUGGCGAACAGUGUGGACCAACCAGAAAAUGAUUGUACCAUUGCCAUGGUGGGAAAGUACUGUGAUCAGGGAGAUGCAUAUUUAUCCGUGGUUAAGGCUCUUACCCACGCCUCCAUUGCCACGAAGCAAAAGCUAACCAUUGAAUUCAUCGAUUCGUCCGAGUUGGAAGGUGGCAACGAAGAAACCAUGGCGCGAUUGCUAAAAUGUGAUGGAAUGGUGGUCCCUGGAGGAUUUGGAUCGCGAGGAUUUGAAGGAAAGAUCAAUGCCAUUCGCAAGGCUCGGGAAGAAAAGAUUCCCUUUUUGGGCAUUUGCCUCGGAAUGCAAGCUGCAGUCAUCGAAUAUGCUCGUAGUUUUGGUGGUAUGCCCACAGCACACAGUGCCGAAUUCCAAAAGGAUCUUGUCGAAGGGGAGGACGAUGUCGUCAUUUUCAUGCCGGAAGGAGACCGCGAACGAAUGGGAGGAACUAUGCGAUUGGGUGCCCGGGAAACCAUUCUACGGGACGGAAGUUUGGCACGCAAACUCUAUGGCCACGAACGCAUCAUGGAACGUCAUCGUCAUCGCUACGAAGUCAAUCCUAUCUAUGCUAGAAAACUUGAAGGGCUGGGAUUGAAAUUUGUUGGAAAGAAUACUGAUGCCAGUGGAGAACGCAUGGAAGUCAUUGAACUAGACAAUGAUGUUCAUCCAUACUUUGUCGGAGCUCAAUUCCAUCCAGAAUUCACAAGCCGACCAGAGAAACCAAAUCCAAUGUUCUUGGGUCUUUUGGAAGUUGUCAAGAAGCAAAAGGGUUUCGAUGUUUCGUCGUAG